ACACUGGAAACAUGCAGAUGACAGCAGUUUACGUCAGAACUUUAUCUCUCUUUUGGUGCGCGGUUUUCACAUCUUGUACAGACGCAAAGAUCUGUUUUUCGAAGUACGGAUGUUUUGAAGUCAAUGAAUAUUUCAGUGUCAAAGAUGCUGCAUUACCGUCUCAUCCGGAUGUAAUCCAAACCAAAUUCUACCUUUACACGAGAGGAAACCAAAAAAAGGUUGAACAGCUGAAGCUGGAUAAUGCCAGCUCCAUCACUACAUCAACGUUUGAUCCAUCUCGUAAAACAAUUUUUAUCGUUCACGGUUUUGCCCAUCAUUCCCAGAAACCCUGGGUGAUUAGGAUGAAGAAUGAAUUGUUGAAGCGAUAUUUGUGUAAUGUCAUCUGUGUUGACUGGAGGAAAGGAGCGUCGUAUCUUACCAUGUUUUAUUUAAGAGCUGUUGCAAAUGCUCGUCUGGUUGGUGCACAGAUUGCAUACCUUAUUCAAAUUCUGAAUGACGUCACUGGCGUACGUACUAAAUCAGUUCAUAUCAUUGGUCAUAGUUUGGGCGCUCAUAUAGCUGGUUAUGCUGGGAAAAGAUUAGCAAGAAAAGGCUUGUCCAUUGGUCGAAUUACAGGUCUGGAUCCAGCCAGACCGCAAUUUGAGGGAAGCCAUGCCGAAGCACGUCUUGAUAAAAGCGAUGCGACUUUUGUUGAUGUCAUUCACACCAAUUCCGCACCAUUUCUCCUCGGUGGUGCUGGAUACCGCGGUCAGAUUGGUCAUGUUGAUUUCUACCCUAACGGCGGAGAAUAUCAGCCCGGAUGUGAAGGAUUGUUAAAAUCGAUCUGGCGAAGUGGCAUUCUACAUGCGGCAACGUGCCAUCACAUGAGGGCAGUUGAAUAUUUUACUGCAUCCAUUGGACAAGAGUGUUUGUUUCCAGCUUUUCCUUGUUCGAGUUGGAAUGAAUUCACUAAGGGGCAAUGUUUGAAAAGAUUCCACGUCCGGGAUAUAAUACUGAUGGGCAUGCAAGCACAGCAAUGUAAUCAGCAAGAAGAACCGAUGUAUCUAACGACAAUGCACAAAUCGCCUUUUUGUGUUUACAACUAUGUGAUUCUAAUAUACUAUUCAAGAAGCGAAAGAAGCUAUAAUGCUCUGUAUUUCCAAUUGAGUGGAAGUAAAGGCAAAACCGAAAAGAAGAAGAUUCAUUUGGGCAGGGGAACUGGGACCAAAUUAGAAUUGACCACAGAUAAUACAGAUAUCGGAGAGUUGCUUAACGUGGAACUGUUUUACUACGGAUUUAGUUCAUUACAUGUCCAUAAUGUUCGUGUGAACAUUCUUCAUAGAAAUGAAAUGUAUAUUUCUUGUUUUGACCAACUGUUUGAAAACAGUUUCUGGUUUUUUUGGAGACUUUCAGGAACAACGAGCAGACGCGAGGCUUAUAUCGGUGAAGAGUGUGGAACGAUAUUUUUCUGAGUCGUAUAAUGAAUAUAAAUAUGAUUUUGAGGCACAGACGUAGUUUGAAUGGCAUGUAGCUACAAACAAUAAUUAUAUUAUAAUUAUAGGGCCAUUAGAUCCGCAUAUCUAACUAGUAAUCAUGCUUUCAUAGAGCAAUUAUCAAAUAGUUCACGCAUAUUUAUUCCUGAAAUGGAAUUUUUGGUAUGUUAACACAUAGCUGUGGUUAACUGCUAUGCACCAUGAAUUCAUGGUAUGAAUUCAAUGCUUUAAACAUCUU